CCAUGAUUGGUGCCCUGAUGUCACCUGGUGGCAGGGUAUAUCUGGAGGAGAAAGAACACCUCAAAACCCUUUCUACACAGGCUGGUGGACGGGAGUUGAAUGAUUUGCAAGAAGAGCCCUUGGCACUCCAUCAGCGCUCACCAAGGGACAGCAUCCCGGUGCCAGGAGAAGCAGAAGAACUUUGGCAGCCCAGGAAGCACUCAAAGGAGUCAGCAUAGCUCUUGCAGAAGUCUAGAAGAGACUCAGUGUCAUCAAACAUUUGUUGAGCCAUCUGGCUGGUGUGUACCAAGGACUAUCCAAGUACCCAGACAGAGGGAUCUGACAGAGGUGUGUGCCUGCCACACGCAGCAGCCCAGCAAUGAGUGAGAACCCACCCGCCAAUCUCAGCACUGGAGAAGGUGCAACUGGUCCCACUACACCACGCAAAGGACCUCCCAAGUUUAAGCAGAGGCAGACAAGGCAGUUCAAGAGCAAGCCUCCUAAAAAAGGAGUAAAAGGGUUUGGAGAUGACAUCCCAGGCAUGGAAGGACUGGGCACAGAUAUCACAGUGAUUUGCCCAUGGGAAGCUUUCAGCCAUCUGGAACUGCAUGAGCUGGCCCAGUUCGGGAUCAUCUAAGGUGCCAGCAUUUCUAUUGGUGUCACCUGGUGACUCCACAAAUACUAGGAUGGUCUUCAUCACCUUUGACACUUAUUUUUGGCUCUUAACAUCCACAUGCUCAUGAGCUGGGUGGUUUUGUAAGAGCUAGUUAUAAGAAAGUCCUUUGCAGAUUAAUUUGGCAAAGAAGUUAUUCAGGAGCCUGAACAGACCUCAUGCUCCAUGUGAUGAAACUACUGAAAAAUGUCUUAAUGCCUCCCUGCACCAUAUCCUCUCUUCUCCCCCUGUCAUAGAUCUUCAAGUGUAUGGAGAUAAUAGGCUAUAUUUGAACUUUUCCCUUGGUUAAUUUUUCCCUUUGUUAGCUGAGAUACCGUGUGCAUGGGUGUGCAUGUAUGUCCAGACCUAAUUAUAUCAAGCCUGUUCAAUUCUCUUUCUUACCUCCCUGACAGCUUUCUAUAUAAGAUUUUCAUGGGUACGUCUUCUUGUUCUCUAGGUCAUCAAUUAGUUGCUGAGUGUAUAUCUGUAAAAAGAUGGUUCAUAGUUACCACUCCAGACAUUAGACUGUUUUUACGUGGAAGGAAACGGUUCCCCAGAGGUUCAUCUUAAGGAAUCUGCUGCUAAAAUUUAUCUCAUCAGCAGGAGGGGAAAAGGGCUUGCAAGUGUCUGUGCUGUACUGCCCACCAGCUAUGAGACUCUGGCUGUUCUAAUAAUGUAAAAUGAAAAUGAGUGUGUCUGAGAUCAAUAGCUAAGUGAAUUAAUGCUAGCAUUCACUCUUUUUGUGCUCCUAAGUGGCUGGAGUUCCAAAGAAGCAGUACUCCAAAUGACAUUGUGUUUCCUCUCAUUUGAUGGGAGGCCCCUGUGUGAAACUUGCACUGUCCCUGUGCUCAUACAUCUUUACAUAAGGCAUUCAUUCCCCAGGACAUAUUUGCUGCCAGUUAAGAAGACAGAGAAUCAUUACAAUCUGUCACCAGACAGUGCCAGUAGUCCUGCCUCAUCUAGCAGAAGAUGCUAUUGCGUUAGCUGCUCCCUCUUCCCUGCAUUUAGCAUGGGGCAAGUCUCCCCUCACACUUCCUGCCCAUGAGCAGGAAGGCUUUUUUCUUCAUCUCCUUGCAAUUUCAGGCUCUGGAGCUUGCCUGGACAAGCAAGCAAUGGUGGUCACCCAGGGAGAGAUAACAGUAGAGCAGGUGGGGAGGCAGGGGGAGGUUAGGAUGCAGGCAAGCAUGGAGCAAAUCCACUUAACCCUAUUGAUUUUUGUUUCCUAGUCUCCGGGAGCAUGAGUGCUGGUGAGAGGUGAGGCACUCGUAGCCACUUAAAAUCUUGAGGAGGGCACCAAGAUACCCUGCUGCCCUAGCAUUAAGGAAAGGCUUGUUGUUGUUGUUUGGAGGCAAGGAGCAAGCUUGGUUGUAGCUACAUAACAUUCAUAAAUGAGGCAGCAUUUUUAAUCAUUGCCUUCAGCUUGACUAGCCUCACUGCAUAAGAACUGCCUCCCCCAGCUUAUCUUUCCAAUGCUGAACAUGUUCAAGGGAGCAAGGAGUGAUUGUGGAGAGCAGAGCAAAUCCUGCCUACAAGAUCGAUCCCCACGCAUAAAGCAUUGCUAUAAAUCCAUGACUGUGCUAUAGAUAUCUGCUACUGUUAUUCCAGAAAUAAAAGCUAGCAGUUUUCAUUUAAAAUAUAGCUUCAGCACCAUAAGCUAAAGGAAAUUCCUGUUGGCAGUCCAGGGUACAGCUUCCAUUAUUCAGCACUCCUGCUACCAGAAACAGCAGUAAACCAGCGAGCAGUUCAGAACCGCAACACACUCACAGUGCAGGAGUCAUGUACCAUUUAGCUAAUUGCAGCCCACAGCCAUUUCCUUGGGCAGUGGCAGUCUGUCCUUUCCACUUACUCACGGUUUCUCCCACCUUUCUCACCUUUAAGGCUUUUCUUCUUUCCCUCAGUGUUCUUUAUUUAGCUUUUAGUUCUAUAGUUUUAUUUAGCUUUUACUGUAGGGGCUGAGGCUGAUUUCUUUUUCUUUUUUUUUUUUUUUUCUUUUUUGAGAUCACGUGCUAGCCCUCUCCUUCUCUGUUUAAACGUGAAUGUUCCUAUGCUAACGUUCUUGCGCUUUCCUUCACAUUACCUCAUCCAGUAGCACGUGAUCCUUAUUCUACCUUCUCAGUCCAUCCUCUUCUAUCUGGGAAAAGACCCAUUGGAUCCAGUUUUGGAUCCUGCAUGCUGGCUGCCUCUAUUAUCAUUGAGUUUUCCGUUUUUAUAAAGCAGGAGACCAACAAGAGGAGAAAAUUUGAAUUAGUCCUUUUGCUCCAUUUCCUUCCCAAGUGUUGGGAAAGCAGUCCAAAAAUAGUAAGAUUCUCUGUCAGAAAAUACUGGGGUGAAAGCAAAGUUCUCCUUAGCCCAGGGACAGAAGCAUUUCAGCAAAUAGGAGGGCCCUGGUGUAGUUCCAGAUCUAACUGCCAUAACCCCAACUCCAUUCAGAGAACUACUCCAUCCUCCUUCCUAGAGAAGUCCAACAGGAAUGUGUGUAUAUCCCAGCUCUCAUGCCUAGCUGAUGAGCUGCAUCAGAAGAUGUUUUUAGUCAACAGAUUGUUAGUAAUUUUAAAAAUAAUUUCUUUUCAUUGAUAGGGAUCAUAUUUGUUCCUUUAUGUGUAAAGAAUUUUGGGACUUUGAAAAGGAGUCUUAAAACAUCCUCAUGGUUGCAUUCAUUGAGGUUUUGAUUUUUUUUCUAAUGAGCUGUAAGCCCUGAAACUUCCAUUUUUCAACGAAUGAGAGAUGGUUACGGUGCAAGAAAGCAAAUAUGUUAAAGUAACUUGUUGAAGGAUUUCAGUCUAUAUACAUUGUAAUAUGUUAUUCUUUGUUCUUUUACUAUAAAAACAAGUCAAAAGCAAUAAAAAGUAAUAAAAAA